UACUGUAUAGUCAUUAUUCAGUCAUUGGUUUGACCUCUGGCAUUUUGAGUGCUUUUGAUUAAACAAAUAUUGGCACAAUGGUUUUGGUCGUUUUGUUUAGGGGACUCUGGAACAGAAUAUGUACGUUGCCUCCAGUGUCCAGAUGCUCACGUCCAAACCUGAGCAGCUGACGUCCCAGAACAUCACCUCAGCUGCUAAGACUGUCAAUAACCUGCUGUCCGCCAGCAUGUUAAAUAAGUCAGUUGCAGAGUCAGUGGUGGCCACCAUCAGUCAGCUCAUGCACACUGAUGAAGACCGAUACUCUGAAGACACUUACAAGGCUCUCGAGAAUCUCACAGAGACUUUGGAGGAUUUUGCUUUGAACAUGAGUAACUCUAGUGUACUGGUGCAACCAAACCUAGCGGUGCAAAGCAUCAAGUUGUCAAAGUGGACCCCAAAAGUACAAUUCUACUCUACAACGGGUCAGUGCCGAAACCUCAUAUAA